GAGUACCAAUGAAGUGGAUGUGGAGACUGAGUCUGGAAUGCAGUGUGUUCAGUUUGAUGUUAGAGGGCAGAUUCUGGAACAUCUUAAAAAGUAUCCCCAAGCAGUGCUUGAAAAAUUAGACAGUGUAGACAUCUCCCUGAAUGUUGAUGGCUUGCCUCUUUUUGAAAGCAACAACCAAUCUCUUUGGCCUGUUCUCUGCUGCAUCAAUUUGUCACCUAAAUCUAUUUUCCCCCUGUCUCUGGCUUUGGUGUCAUCCAAACCAACCUCCCUCAACUUCAUCAGCGAAACAGUCAGCAAAUUGGAGAACGUGAUGCAGAAUGGCUUGGAGUGGGGAGACAAGGUGAUACGUGUCCAGAUAAGGUGCAUAACUUGUGACGCUCCUGCGAAUGCACUUGUCAAGUGUAUCAAGCAGUACUCGGGGUACUUUGGUUGUGACAGGUGUACACAGAAGGGGUUCUGGGAUGGACGGAUGACCUAUCAAGAGGUUGAAAACCUCACACUGAGGACUGACCAAUCCUUCAGAGAGGUAACUCAACUGGAACAUCACCAUGAAGGAAAAACAUCACCUUUCUCCAACCUCUCUAUUGACAUGGUCACAUCCUUUCCUGUGGACUAUAUGCACCAGUGUUGCCUUGGGGUAAUGAAGAAGCUUUUGCUUUUGUGGACAAAAGGAAAGAAGGAGACAAGAAUGUCCUCAGGGCAGAUUAAGGAGGUGAGUGUGAGACUUGAGCAACUGAAGACAGCUAUUCCAAACAAUUUCGCAAGAAAGCCAAGGGGUUUGGAACAUCUUGAGCGUUGGAAGGCCACAGAGUUCCGUCAGUUUGCUCUUUACACUGGCAAGUUAGUCCUGAGGGGAGUUCUUCAAGAUGACCUGUUUGAGCAUUUCAUGGCUUUCAGCGUUGCAAUGUGCAUGCUAAUUUCUCCAAGCCUGGUGCAAGCCCACUGCUCGUAUGUACAUGAACUGCUCUCAUUUUUUGUACAGCAAGGAAGGUUUUUGUAUGGGGAGUGCUUCCUAGUCUACAACGUCCACUCCAUGCUGCACCUUGCUGCUGAUGCAAAAAAAAUUGGCUGCCUGGACAACUGCAGUGCAUUCCCCUUUGAGAAUUAUCUUCACCAUUUGAAAAAACUGGUCCGCUCGGGAAGAAGUCCUCUGGUCCAAAUUGUGAAAAGACUGAAUGAGGGUGGAAGUCUCAGGAGGGAACUUACUGAGAAAGAAGGCAAAGUAAGUAGCAAACAUCCAAACAACAUUUACAUGCUAAAUGACAAAGCAUGCUGUGAGGUAUUGUCAACAACCCCAGAAAAAAAUGAUGGCACACAAAUGUUCCUUUGUAGGGUGUAUAACCACCUUGAACCCUACACCUCGAGUCCCUGUGACUCUCGCCUUUAUGGAGCAAUACGGACAAACAUCCGAAACACAAGCAUGAAACUGUUAUCAGAGAUAUGCCUCAAACAAAGGGCAAUCAUGUUUGAGGAGGAAUAUGGCUCACGAGUGUUCUUUACCAUUCUCCACUCCUUUUCAUGAGACUCUACCUUGGCCGCAGCAUCGCCCCAGUCUCCAGUCUCCAUCACUGACACAUCGCCUCAGUCACCAUCACUGACAUACCUGGCAGCAGCAUCGCCCCAGUCUCCAUCACUGACACAUCACCUCAGUCUCCAUCACUGACCGACCUGGCAGCAGCAUCGCCCCAGUCUCCAUCACUGACAGACCUGGCCGCAGCAUCGCCCCAGUCUCCAUCACUGACAGACCUGGCAGCAGCAUCGCCCCAGUCUCCAUCACUGACGCAUCGCCUUAGUCUCCAUCACUGACAGACCUGGCCGCAGCAUCGCCCCAGUCUCAAUCACUGACGCAUCGCCCCAGUCUCAAUCACUGACGCAUCGCCUUAGUCUCCAUCACUGACAGACCUGGCAGCAGCAUCGCCCCAGUAUCCAUCACUGACAGACCUGGCCGCAGCAUCGCCUCUGUCUCCAUCACUGACAUACCUGCCAGCAGCAUCGCCCCAGUUUCCAUCAAAAUGUCUUUGUACUUCAGGUUCAUCGUCUGAAGUUUUCGGUGGUGCAUUUUCUUGAGGAAAAUGAGGUGGAUGUGGCACCAUCAUUAUGGUUGGCGAAGAGCAAUGGGGUUCUGAAUUGCUAUUGGCCGGCAAAUAAUGCCAGCGUUCUGGUAAGACGCUGUGCUCUGCCCGACAAGGUACUUUGGAAAAAGUACAAAGUUCGCGUUUUCUCUACAACAGACAGCUACAGCCUGGCCAGGGAGAGGGCAAGAAAGGGGCAAGACACCUCUCAGGUGGAAACGGUGGAAAUAAAUUCGAGGAGGAUAAACGUUCCUGCCAGGUACCAGGAGCCUGAUAGUGACGAUGAGGAAGAAGUAAUAAAAAAAAUAAAAAAAAAGAACAAUAAAAC